UUUAGUAUUAUUUACAAAGUUCAUCAGUAAUGAAUGUGCCAUUCUCACAUUUUCUUGCUCUACAUUUAGAACCACCAGCAUCACCUUCACAAACACCAUCUGAUCCAAUAUAUCCAACACAAGUUGUAUUAUCCCCUGAAUAUGUAGAACAUAAUGGUUUUGUUGUUGCCAAAACACACCCUUUUCCUGUUGUUAUACAUCCUUUUUAAUAGGCUUUACAAUCAUCAUCAGAGCUUAAUGCUGUUGGAGCAUUAACGCAUUCCUUGGCCUUACAAUUUGUAGUACCAGUAGCUAAUUCACAAUUUCCAUCAGAUCCAAUAAAAGAUUAACAUGCAACAUCAUCUCCUGUAUAAGUAGCACAUGCAGGUCUUGGUGUAUUAACACAACCUUAACCUUUUGUCACACAACCAGCUAACCAAGCUGAACAUUUUUCAUCAGUAUUUAAGCUAGCAUCUGCCUCUGAACAUGCAUAAUCUCUACAAGCUCCUUAAUUUGUAUCCCAUUUACAUUUAAGUAUUCCUGAAACACUAGGAGUUGAUUCGCAUUAUUAUUAUGUAUAUUCUUUGCAUUCUUUAGCUUGAAUACAAGUAUUUCCAUCACUAACACAUAAAUAGGAUAUUGCCUAGCAAUCUGUUGUUGUUGUUUUAACAUAUGCUUGACAUCCUGUAAAAUGUGUACAUUUCAUAUCAACAUAAGCACAACCAAAUGUUUUAGGACAGUUUGUUUCUGGUUUGUCAAUAAGUUCACAAUAAGGUUUGAAUGAAGUGACUGGAUCAACAGUUGUUUUUUUCUAACAUUUUCCUGGAGUUGUUCCUGAUGCCGCCACCCAUUCACAAGCUCCAGUUACAGUAGUCUCUUAUUCACAAUCAUUCUGUGAUUUUAAUUAUCCAC